AAAAACUUUUGACACGAGGUUGUGCGUGUCUUUUCCUUUCUUUCUCGCUUUUUACUCGAACAUGGGUAUUAGCCGUGAUAGUUCACAUAAGCGUCGCGCCACUGGUGGCAAGCGCAAGUCGCUUCGCAAGAAGCGCAAGUUCGAGUUGGGUCGUCCCGCUGCCAACACCAAGCUUGGAGGUGCACGCGUUCACUCUGUACGCACCCGAGGUGGCAACACCAAAUUGCGCGCUCUGCGCCUGGAAACCGGCAAUUUUGCAUGGGCUUCAGAGGGUGUUGCACGCAAAACGCGUAUCGCCGAUGUUGUCUAUAAUGCCUCCAAUAACGAGUUGGUGCGCACCAAGACGCUGGUGAAGAACAGCAUCGUGGUCAUUGAUGCGACGCCAUUCCGUCAGUGGUACGAGGCGCAUUAUGUGCUGCCGCUGGGACGCAAACGUAAUCCGAAGCACGCCCAGAAGGAGGAUGAGAACGAUGUGCUGACCAAGAAGCGCAGCGAGAAGGUCAUGAAGAAGUAUCUCGAGCGCCAAAAGUUCGGCAAGGUCGAGCAGGCCUUGGAGGAUCAGUUCACUUCCGGUCGCAUCUUGGCUUGCAUUUCAUCCCGCCCUGGUCAAUGCGGUCGCUCCGAUGGCUACAUUCUGGAGGGCAAGGAAUUGGAAUUCUACCUUAAGAAGAUCAAGUCUAAGAAAUAAACUAGAUAAGACAUCCUGCUGCGAACCAACAAACAACUGAUUUGCAGAAAAAAAAACAAAACAAAUAAAACGGCUUGGUUUUUUAUAAGAAGAAACAUUACACAUUUUACUUCAGUCGUUUUGUGUGUGUUUGUGUUGUGUGCGUGUCGUCCUGCAAAUAACUAUGUUAAAUAGUUAAUGAUGGAUCUUUAAUUGGUAUUAAAGUGGAAUUCAUAAAUUGAUUUAAAUUAA